CCUUUGCGCAUGCGCCAACCGGCCGCAGUUCUGUUGCGGACUGCGCAGGCGUGGAGCUCGGCGGUCUGGCGAGAGCGCGGCCGGAGGGAGAGGAAAGGGAGCUGAAGAAUGGCGUAUUACUCCAGAAACUCCAGAGCUUCAGACUGCAAAGUCUAUGUUGGAGAUUUGGGAACAGGAGCUGCCAAAGGGGAGCUGGAGCGUGCUUUCAGUUACUAUGGCCCCCUCAGAAAUGUGUGGGUAGCACGAAACCCUCCGGGAUUUGCUUUUGUGGAGUUCGAAGACCCCAGGGAUGCUGAAGAUGCCGUGCGUGGGAUGGAUGGCAAGGUCCUUUGUGGAUCGAGGGUGCGUGUUGAGCUAUCAAAUGGGAUGUCACGCAAAUCGCGCUUUGGCCGCCCCCCUGCUCGGCGCCAGUUUGACCCCAAUGACCGCUGCUACCAGUGCGGUGAGCGCGGCCACUAUGCCUACGAUUGCUACCGUUACAGCAAGAGGAGGCGUGGCAUCAGCCGAUCUCGGUCUAGAUCUCGUUCCCGCUCAAGAUCCAGAUCCAGAGGCCGCCGCUAUACCAGGUCCCGCAGCCGCGAUCGCCGAACUCGUUCCCGUUCUCCUUCGUACUCUAGGAGGAGAAGUCGAUCUCUCACUCCAUUGAGGUCCAAGUCCAGAUCUCCAAUGAGGAGGAGCCCAUCAAGAUCAAGGUCUCGAUCAAGAUCUCUUUCUAUAAAACGAGAAAGUCAUUCCCCAUCGGAAGGUUCGCGGAAGAGCCCAAGUCCCACAAGAGACGACUGAAAUGGACCUUUGUGAAGAGCACAGCAUUGGGGGCCCUCAUCACCUGACAAACCUUUUAACUAACCUAGAUGUUUUAGUGCCUUUUUAUAUGCAUGCAUUCCACAGAAAUGUCACUGCUCUUCAUUUGGUCCAAGUAAAUGUUGUUGAAUGUUGUGAAAUAUAGUGUACAGCAUCUGAGGAGCAGCUGCACCAGCUGACAGGGCUUCAAUAAACAGCUCACAUUUGUAUUAAACUUGACACCUUUAUCAGAAUAAGGUAAUUCUGCUUCAGUGAAUUUGUUGCAGCGUGUGAAGCUAAUGUUAUGAAGGUUUAAAAAUUGAACGUUUCUAAUGCUUCAGAACUGGUUGACUAUUUUUGUCUGUUUAGGUUUUUUUUCCCCCUUCAAUUCCCAAUAAAAAGAAAAAGGCUUAAAAUGUGUUUUCUUAGUAUUAAAAUGGUGUGGUGGGAUGGAUUCUGUGGCACAUGGGUUCUGAAUGGCUUCCUUCUAGGUAUUCUUUCAUCUUCAGCCCUUUACCUCAUCCACCUAUCACCUCACAGCUUCUCACGUCAUCCGUCCUCCUCCUCGCCUUGUUUCACCUAUCAUCUAACUUGUACUCCUAUUCCUCCUCCCCCACAGCCUCCUUACUUUCCAGUCCUGACUAAGGGUCUCAGCCUUAUUCCUUUCCGUACAUGCUGCCUGACCAGCAUUUUGUGUGUGUAACUCCAUGUUUGUGAUUCACAGUAUUCAAUAGUUCCGUUUGAUGUCAGAGAAUGAAUGCAGUACGCAGCCUGAAAUUCUUACUCAGUCCUGAAGGGUCUGGACAUACUCUGUUGCAUUAAAAAUUUGCUGCUGACUGGGUAAGAACUGGUGGUCCUAAAAGGUUGAACUGGAUUAUCACCUGCUUUUAUUAUUCUGGUAUGUAAAGUAUUUCACAAUGAGAGCAGUAUAGGCAGGACAGGAAAAUGGGGUGCUAAGAGAUGGGGAGACAAUAGGGUAUGCCUUUUUUUUAGAUACUGCACAGAACAGGCCCUUCGAGCCACACGCCCCCCAGCAAUCCCCUUGAUUUAAUCCAAGCCUCAUCACAGGAUAAUUUACAGUGGGCAGCUAGCCUCCCAACUGGUACGUCUUUGGACACUGGGAGGAGACCCACGUGGUCACAGGGUGAUACAGGCAGCAGCAGGAAUUGAACCUGGGUCACUGGUACUGUAAAGCCUUGUGCUAACCACUACGCUACUGUGCUGCCAUUUUCAUAACUAGGACAUAGGAUAUCAUUGAAACUAAAGGGGGGGGGGAAUAAAGAACACAGAAUGCAUGUGGAAUUGUAAUUGUUUUAUUAUUGUUACAUGUACCAAAAUGUAGUGAAAAGUUUUACUUGCAUGCCGUCUGUACACAAGUACAUCAAGGCAGUAAAAACGGAAAGGCAGAACUUAGUGUUAGUUUUUCAGAAAGAGCAGAGCAGGUAGACUAAACAAUUAAGGGCCAUGGCGAACUAGAUCAAGAGCUCAUCAGCCUGAUAACAGCAGGAUAGAAGCUGUCCUUGCCUGGUGGUGGUUGCUGAAGCUUUUGUAUCUUCUGUCUGAUUGAAAGGGAGGAUAGAGAGAAUUACCGGGGUGGGAGGCAUCCUUAGCUGUUUUCCUAAGACUGCAGGAAGUGUAUAGGCUGAGACAAGGAGGGGAAGCUAGUUUGUAUUGAGACUGGUGUUUUGGACAUUGAUGUGUGUGUGAAAAUUUGAACUGAUUAAAGCCCCUCAGGCCUGCUGCUGAACAGUGCCCAUCAGACAUAGGAGCAGAAUUAGGCCAUUGAGUCUUCUCUGCCGUUCCAUCAUGGCUGAUCCUGGAACCCACACAACCCCAUAAAUCUGUCUUCUGGCCAUAUCCUUUGGUUCCCUGACCGAUCAGGAAACUAUCAAUUUACACCCUCAAUAUACGCAUGGACUUGGCCUCCUCCGCUGUCUGUGGCAGAGCAUUCCACAGAUUCGCCACUCUGGCUAAAAAAAAAAAUUCCUUACCUCUGUUGUAAAAGGUCACCCCUCAUUCCCAGAAUCAUCCCUGUGAACCUCCAAUGACAACACAUCCUUUCUGAGAUAUGGGGCGCAAAACUGUUGUCAGUACUUCCAAGUGCAGCCUAACCAGUGUCUUAUAAAGCAACAGCAUUAUCUCCUUGCUUGUAUAUUCUAUUCCUCUUGAAAUAAAUGCCAACAUUGUAUUUGCCUUUACCACAGACUCAACCUGUAAAUUAACCUGGGAGUCUUGCACAAGGACCCUCUGCAUUUCCAUCAGCAUCACACUGAGCACGGGGACCCUCCAGGGCUGUGUACUCAGUCCACUGCUGUUCACUGUGCUGCAACACAGCUCGAACCACAUCAUCAAGUUCGCCAGUGACACGACCGUGGUGGGUCUCAUCAGCAAGAAUGAUGAGUCAGCAUACAGAGAGGAGGUGCAGCGGCUAACGGACUGGUGCAGAGCCAACAACCUGUCUCUGAAUGUGAACAAAACAAAAGAGAUGGUUGUUGACUUCAGGAGGACACGGAGCGACCACUCUCCGCUGAACAUCGACGACUCCUCUGUAGAGAUCGUUAAGAGCACCAAAUUUCUUGGUAUUCACCUGGUGGAGAAUCUCACCUGGUCUCUCAACGCCACCUCCAUAGCAAAGAAAGCCCAGCAGCGUCUCUCUAAAGGCUGAGGAAAGUCCAUCUCCCACCCCCCCAUCCUCACCACAUUCUACAGGGGUUGUAUUGAGAGCAUCCUGAGCAGCUGCAUCACUGCCUGGUUCGGAAAUUGCACCAUCUUGGAUCGCAAGACCCUGCAGCGGAUAGUGAGGUCAGCUGAGAAGGUCAUCGGGGUCUCUCUUCCCGCCAUUAGAGACAUUUACAUCACACGCUGCCUCCGUAAAGCAAACAGCAUUAUGAAGGACCCCAAGCACCCGUCAUACGAACUCUUCUCCGUCCUGCCAUCUGGCAAAAGGCACCGAAGUAUUCAGGCUCUCACCACCAGACUAUGUAACAGUUUCUUCCCCCAAGCCAUCAGACUCCUCAAUACCCAGAGCCUGGAUUGACACCAACCUACUGCCCUCUACUGUGCCUGUUGUCUUGUUUGUUAUUUAUUGUAAUGCCUGCACUGUUUUGUGCACUUUAUGCAGUCCUGGGUAGGUCUGUAGUCUAGUGUAGUUUUGUGUUGUUUUUUACAUAGUUCAGUGUAGUUUUUGUAUUGUUCAUGUAGCACCACGGUCCUGAAAAACGUUGUCUGGUUUUUACUGUGUACUGUACCAGCAGUUAUGGUCGAAAUGACAAUAAAAAGUGACUUGACUUGCACCUCUGAUGUUU